AAUUUCUUGGCUGAAUCCAACUAUUUCAUUGCCUUUUUUUUCAUUGUAAUUUAGGGUUUCAAUCUUUUGUAAUUAAUUGAUGAUAUUAUCUUAUUUGUUUUCCCAAAAUUUGAUUGAAUUCAGCCUAGCUGUAGCUGUCUUUUAUUAAUUUGUUUGAUUAUAGAAAGAGAGACUUGGGCAGCUGCAUCUAGAAUUUCAUGUCAGUUUGGUGAAUUUUUCUAUAGCCAAGCAUGGAACAAAGCUCUGGUAUUUACAGUUGUGACACUGAUUAUCGUGGCCGUGAUUCUUCUCUAGUGCUUCUUGAAACCCUUAAAGCUCUAUAUUAUUAAUUCCUUGUAUAUAUUUCUUUGUCCAAUCUAACACACAAGCGAAAUAGAACAGGGGAUCUCUGGGGAAAGAGCUUGGUAAAGAAUUUUGCAGGAUGACUGUAAGUUAUACUAUUUUCUCAAAAAAACUUUUAUGUACAUAAAUUAUGACCACUGUAGUGAAGUGUAUAAAACACUAGCAACAUUAUGAAAAGAUAUACGAAGUAUGAGAUAUGUGUCCUUUUGAAAUGCUCUACUUUUUGCCCAGAUGUACUGUUGUGUCGUGCUUAUAGUUGCUGCAUUGUGGAUUUGUGGUAUUGGAUCAAGUAAUAUGUUAUGGUGUCAUUACUGGAAGCUGUAUCAUUACUUAUAUGGUACAUUCGCCAAUCAUCCUGUUUAUUAGUGGCAUGGGAAAUUACUGGUAGAUGAGCUCUUCUAUGAGGUUCUGUAAACCCACAGGCCACAACAUUGACACAGUAGUCUGCACUUUGUUGGUGAAUGAAAGUAAUCUACUACGACAGGUAGCACAAUCUUUAUGAGCGGCUUAGUUUCUAUCAGUGAUAGCCUAUGUGCUUAACUGGUUCAAGAUUGGUCAAAUUUAAUUGCAAGGUGCGGGUUUAGCUCAAGGCAGGAUUGUCAACCAAUAUUUUGAUAAGGCUAGCCUCAUAAAUUCACAAUUGAACCAGAUUGUGAUGCUCUUCCCUCUCCCCUCUCCCCUUUCGCUUUAAUUGUUGAAUAUGCCAACACUGGCUCUAAAAUUGAGCCGGAAUGGUACCAAAUCUAAUCUGAGUUAAUGGUCAUUGAUUUGAGCCAAUCCUUGGUAAAUCUGCCGUUUGUGAACUUGCCCAUUUUUGUAGAGCAAUUAAUACGUGUAUAUACUCUUUUGUUCGUACUUGCUGUUUUAGCUGGUGUUUGGCAAAAUUGGUUAAUAGCUUGUAACGGGUCAUGAUGUAUAAAACGACAUAAUAAUAUGAGUAAUAAGCUACUCUCUUGUGCUGCUAGAUUUGAACAUCAAACAUGAAAAUGGUCUCUUUUACCUGAAGAUCAUUGUUAAUUAUUGGUCACUCUCAUCAAACUAAAUACCAUAUCUGGUUUUCUUUACCUCUCUUCUGGCUCUUAUUUUUGUCAACUUGAAAAUAGGCUAAAUCACAGGUGAGAAUAUCUAUCCUUGAUCUCAAACAUUUUAACAAUUUUUUUGUUAAUACAACAUGCCCAUUUUUCAAAAUUGUAUUUUCACAAUUUUCUACUUCUAAAUAAUAUCCCCAUAUAUUUUUUUUUGACGGGAAUAAUAUCCCCAUAUUUAGGGACCCUUUAAUCCCUUCUUUUCUCCUUGCCACCCAAUUUGGGAAGUUUUUUUAUUAAAAUUUUUGCAUCAUUCCAGAGAAAAUUACCCCUUGAUUAUCAUUUGGGGUCAUUCUCUCUAUUCCUCCAUAGGUAAAGAAAUUUUACUCAUUCAUUUUAAAACUCGAUUUUUUUUUUUUUUUUUUAAGAAAUAAAACUCUAAAACAUAAUUAGUCAAGGAAUUUGUAAUGGCGGUAAGUACUGUUCUUCUAGGAUGCCUAAACACCAUAACCUUAUGCAUUUCAUUACCUAUUCUCUUGGCUGGUUAUUUCGUUAAAAUAACAGCGAAUUCCCCUUGUGAUCCCAUAAUGUACAAGCCUCUCCUUGCACUCGGCACUUGCUUGCUUAUCAUCUCCCUCAUCGGACUCCUAGGCUCAUGCUGUCGAAUAACCCUCUUCCUGUGGUUGUAUUUGAUUGCAUUGUUCGUUGUAAUCAUAGGGUUGCUAGCGUGUUUAACUGUUGGAGGCGCGGUGAUUAAGGGAGGCGGAAAUGGGCAGGAUGUUCUAGGGGGUAAUGUUAAGGAGUAUGAGCUUCAAGGGUUCUCAAGUUGGCUGAAGAAUAAUAUGGUUGGUGGAAGUCAUUGGGAGGAUAUUAAGUCAUGCAUGAUUCGCCAUGAUGCUUGUGGCAAGAUUGGUGCUUUUAGGUCUAUUAUGGAUUUUGUUACUCUUAAGCGCUCUAAACUUACAUCUAUUGAGACAGGAUGUUGCAAACCACCAGCACAAUGUGGAUUUACAUAUGAAAGUGCAACAACUUGGAUAGUUCCAGUAAAGGGAUUGACUUCACCAGAUCCAGAUUGCAAAGUUUGGAACAAUGCUUUUAAUAAUUUGUGCUAUAAUUGUGGAUCAUGCAAAGCUGGUUAUUUAGCUUUAUUUAUGAAGGGUUGGAGAAGAAUUACUAUUGUCAAUGUUGUACUUCUUGUUGUAUUGUUUGUUAUUUUCAUCAUUGCCUGUUGUGCUCUUAGAGAUUAAAUCCAUUAGCUUGUUUACGGAUACAUCUAGAGUUACGCGUAUAUUUUCUCAGACACAUUUGUCAAAAGGGCAAUUAUUUAGUUUAAUUUUCUUUACAACUGGGGGUUAACUCUUUAUUACUUUUCCUUAUAUUUUCAAAAGAUAAUCGAUCGUUUUUUGAUAUAAUUUUUUUUCUCGAACAAUUAGAUUUAAAUGCUAAAAUGUCAAAAGAUGUCCAUAUAAAAGGGUUUGUUUGGCCAAGCUUUUGAAAAACAACUUCUGUUUCCCAGAAGUAGUU